CCUCUUUGUUGAUUUGCAAAAACAAACACAUAAGCUCCUGUUUGUGUGCAAAAAUAAUGGGAAUUUUCUAGCUUUGGAUGGGAUGCGUUGAAAAAAUAUUUAUUUGUAUUUAAACGUUCUGUUCUAAUCCAGCCACCACUUAUCCCAGCUGCAGCUCAUAAGCUAAAAACAUGACAGGUGAAUUGACUGCUGUGCAGUCCAGGAGAUUUCUGGAGGCGGGGGACUGUUUGAUGUCGGUGGAACGCCAGGGUGAAGCGGGAGCCAUGCUGCCACGCCUGGGCUCCACCUCGGACUGGGAGGCGUGCGCUGAGAUACUCCCUUCGCCCCAUCACGGACGGCAACUUAGAAGAUGCAAUGGGAGUCACUGCCUGACGAUUACCAAUGUGCCUAUUGAUGUCUAUGUAACCAUGGGAAGACCUUCAAACUUACAGUGCGGACAGGCUUCCUAACAAUUCAUCGCAUCAGCACCUGUGAUUCAAUUUCAGCAGCUGCAAUCUUGACGUUGGUGCCAGACGCCGAAGGUCUUCAUUUCUUUGUUGCGUCUGAAAAGUUGUUUCAUAACUGGUGAUUCUCAUUGGAGGUUGCUAGUCUAUUUGUGUCAGUAAAACGUCUGAUGUCAAA